AUGGCCAUGGCGAUGCUCUCUUUCACUGCAAACACUCUCAAACCCCUUUCUCCAUUCUACCACGAUAAGCUCUUUUCUUCCUCUCCCUUCACUACCCUUCUUUUUAAACCCUCAAAUAAACCCAUCUCGGCCACUCUCACCCCUUCAUCAUCGAGCUCCAGAAAUCAGCAGUUGCAGCAGCAGCCUUACCAACCCUUUCGCCCACCACCGUCUCCUCUUCCCAACCAAUUUCGCUCUCUCGACACUCCCAGUCGCCUAGAAGUUCUCGCCAACCGCCUCGGUCUCUGGUUCGAGUACGCCCCAAUCAUUCCUUCCCUUGUCCAAGAAGGGUUCACGCCCUCUUCCAUCGAAGAAGCCACUGGAAUUUCUGGGGUCGAGCAAAAUCGCCUUUUGGUUGCUGCCCAGGUACGUGAAUCUUUAAUCCAAUCCAAAACCGACCCAGAUAUCGUCGCCCAUUUCGAUGCUGGUGGUGCUGAGUUGUUGUACGAAAUUCGGCUCCUGAGUGUCCAACAACGAUCUGCCGCCGCAGCCUUCAUUAUUGCCAAUGGGUUCGACGGAAAGGGAGCUCAAGACCUCGCCCGCUCCAUGAAAGAUUUCCCUCGCCGCCGCGGAGAUAAAGGGUGGGAUAGUUUUGACUAUACUCGCCCAGGGGAUUGUCUCGCUUUUAUGUAUUAUAGGCAAGGUAGAGAGCAUAAGAGCGAUUCCGAUAAGAGAGCGACUGCUUUUGAGCAAGCUUUGAAAUUUGCAGAAACUGAGGGUGCAAAGGCUAGGGUGUUGGAGGAAUUGCAUGGAGCUGAGGGAAACUCAGAGGCAAAAGAUGAGCUUGGUGAUCCUGUUCUUGUUCCAGUAGUGAGGUUGAAGAUUGGCGAGGUGGCGGAGGCUAGCUCGGUGGUGGUGUUGCCCGUUUGCAGGGCUGAGGAGAGGGAGAAGGAGGUCUUAGAAGCGCCAGGAGAGUGUAGAGCUGAGGGAGAGUUCAAUGUGGUUGUGGCCGACAAAGGGUGGAAGAGGUGGGUGGUGUUGCCAGCUUGGGAGCCUGUAGUGGGGUUAGGAAAAGGAGGGAUUGUUAUCGCUUUUAGUGAUGCUAGAGUCUUGCCAUGGAAAACUAAUAAGUGGUACAAAGAAGAAUCAAUUUUGGUAGUGGCUAAUAGGCAGAGAAAGGAGGUGGCAACUGAUGAUGGAGUUUAUUUGGUUGCUGCUGAUGGCGAAGGAGGCCUUGGCGAGGGGUUAAAGGUUGUGAGGGGAUUGGAAUUGAAAAAUUUGGGUGUGGAGGAGUGUCUAGCUACAGUUAUUAUGGUGAUUAGGCCACCAAGAGAUGAGAUGGAUAGUCAGUUGGAUGAUGAAGAUUGGGACUGAAAAAAAAAACUUCAAUAGUCUUGGAGAAUGUAUGUGAAGUACCAUUGUAGAAUCUCAAGCUUAUUGGGACUCUCGGAUGUUCAUUGAGAUGGGGUUCAUACUUUUCAUCUCAUUCUUUUUUGCAGUCAUAGAUGACUUGUGUUUAGAUGUUAUACUUUGAAUUUAAACUUAGUAGAAAAAAAGAAUUUGGCCUCUAUUUUUGACUCCGAAUCUUUGUAUGAUUGGAUUACAUGUAUUGUUAUUCUUCUUGCAUCUAGCAAUAAAACAUAAAUUGUUCUUGUUUA